GUAAAUAGAAUCUCGGUUCGCCUUUUUGCCUUCUCUCUCUGGCUUGCCAUCAACAUCGCUAUCUUCACACUACUCUUAAACGGCGGCAUGCUAUUAUACCUUCAUAUCUUAAAUAUUAAAUACAUGUUUAUUAAUGAAAAUGUGCAUUUUUAAACCAAAGUGAGAUAUCAGGACACUGCAGAACUUGGUUUAACUUUUUCUUAACAAUACGGGUUUUUAGUUGAGGUGACAACAGAUUGAUUAUCGACAAAUCGAUAGUUUGGACGGGGAUCGACAGAGGAAAGUCCGACUGUUAAGUCUGCUUUGUAAUUCCGAAGUGUCAAUCCUGAUUUAUUUAAUCCCGAUUAAAUAAAAAUUUUUUUAAACUAAUGCAAACGGAAAAGCAAACGCGUAAAAGGGGCAAAAACUUUGCUAUUUCCGAAGAGAUGAAACUGCUGGAGCUUCUUCAACCCUACAAGCACAUCAUCGAUAAUAAGUGCUCCGAUGUGGUCACUUGCCAAUUAAAGAAGGACACUUGGGAGAAGUUAUCCCAGCAAUUAUCUAACCUCACUGGCUCACAACGAUCCUGGAAAACUCUCAAGGAUAAGUACAAGAACAUGAACACCAAGCUUAAGAACGAGGGCACAAUGCUGCCCAGAUUUCUCAUGGCGGAAGAGUUUGAUCCAGUCAGCAGUUGUGUUUCUGUGGUGUAUGAUAACAUUCCAGAUCCUGGCAGCUCACUGGACAGCGAACGGCUGGAUCACCAAGACGAUAGAACUUCCCCUAUUCAAACAGAAUCAAUCGAUGAGGAACCGUCCUACGGAGUUUGCGGAAAAAUUCCGCUGGCAACCGAAUCCCAGUCCUCACUCUCGCCCAUCAGGGAAAACAGAUCUUUGGACGAUGAGAAAAUUACGUUAAUUCGGCUUCAACAGAGAUUUUAUUACAAUGAAAAUAUCAGAUCUGCUGAGAAACACCGCCUGGAGCUACGGUCAAUUAAUCUGAAGAACGAACUCAUGGAACUAGAACUAGAAGAAAAACGACGUUGCAUUAGAAAAGAUGCCGCAAACGAAGUCAAGUCCAACUCACUUGAAAAUUAACAAUAAAUAAAUAACAAAA